AUGCUCGCAGAACCAAGAAAACGCCAUAAUGGCCAACCGCAAGCCUGUGAACCAUGCCGCAAGGCCAAGAUUCGCUGCGACCAUGAAAGUCCGAAGUGUUCGCGUUGUGUCCUGCGCAACUUGAACUGCAUUUAUCACCCUGCUCCUAUGACCAAACGCCGCCCUCCUGCUUCCCACACACCAAUACACUUCGACUCAACCCUGCCCGCAGACUUACUAACGACUCAAAAUGUCUCCAGCACCUUCCACCUUCCCAGUGAAUCUUCGGUCGGGGUAGCAAUCUCUCUCCCUCCUGCGGAUCCAAGCCCCGCUGCAAGUUCGGGGGUAACAGCUCGUUCGAGCGUAUCAAAACGGAAUAUGUUAUUUCAAGAGCAGCUGGGCCAACACGAGACAACCCGCUUCUCUGCUGUCUUUGUUGAAAACCAAGAUAGCUUUGGCGCAGUGAUGGCUGAUGCCACGAACUCCGAUUACCACGAGUUAGGCCGAGAGCCUGAUGUAAUGGCCAGGUCUCGCGUGGAUUUGGCUGUGAGAACACUACUCAACUUCCCCUCUGUUCGUACGUGUGAUAUGCUGCUGAAAGGAAUCCACCACAUAUAUGAUGUAUGGCUGUCACCCACCAUGAUCCAGCAAUGCUUGAAACAAGUAUGGACGGAAUAUGCCAGUGAGCUAGGUGAGUCCCGGACGCGGGAAUCAGUGUUGAGAGUGGCAAAUGAUCUGUUUAUCAACCACAAAAGACCUCAUUCAACACCUGACUGCGAUUACGCAGGCAAUUCUGACCAUGCUUCCUGGAUCAACUGGUUUGGUGGACCCCAUCUACGAUGGGAAAUGAUCGGGAUCCUUUUUAGCUGGGCUGGAAUUGCAUUCAGAUGCAAACAAGAGUGGGACCCAGUAUUUGGUCUACCCGAGCAGCAUGGGCGGAAUCGUAACACUGCAGCAGAGAAGAUGAGAGAGUGUGCUGCUGCCUGUGUAAGGCUUUGCGAAGGGAACUUUGAAAUAAGUGAUACCAUGGUUAUUUGCAUGAAGAAUAGCACCAGACUACAAAGUAUCAUAAUCAGUGAUGAGAGUGACCGCGUACGAGUCGAUUAUGGGACUGUCCGCAGCGCUUUUAUAAGUGCAGGAUUGCAUCGUCUCGCUCCCUCGAAGGAAAUUACGCCAUUUUCCCAACAUCGAGCAUCACUUGCUUCGUCGAUGUAUUACCAUGACAAAUGUCACAGUUUGUUCAAUGCGCGACCACCUAUGCUCAGUAGUCAUUACUGUCAAUGUCCUCUUCCACUCGAUUUAUGCGAGGAAGAUGUAUAUGGGGGCCGAGAGCGACUCGCUGUGGCUAUUGCAAAGCUUGACUCUAAUGGCUGGAACACCAAUGGUCACAUAUACACAACAACCUGGCUUCGAGCACUAACGAUGCUUAGUCCUAUCCGGGAAGGAAUCUUGGAACUAACUCUGAGUGUCAAUUCAAAUUUUACAAAGGCACAGGUAGAAGACCUACAAGUCCAGCUGGGAAAGAUAGUUGCCUCAUAUCCCCCGCAUAUUCAGUAUCAGGGGAGCUCUGAAUGGCACCCUCAGUCAAGUUCACGAUUCCAUGAACGGAGUGCCCAGGAAGCCUAUGUUAUCACCCGCAUACAACUUGAUGUAUUGCAAUGCCAGUUCCUUCUCCAGCGUCUACUUGUAUCGCGGCAAUUCAGUGAUGGCCAAGACUUGUUCGAUAUCGCCCAAGAGACAAUGUCUGUUAUCAUAUCUCUCUGGCUUAACCGUGAUCAGCUACAUGAAUUCCACCAUGCCUUCGACUGGAUUGCGGUAUCAUAUGGAAUGCCCUGUGCCGGGAUUUUAUGUGUCGAGCUUCUCCGAGCAAGUAAUCUUGUACCACCUGCCACGCAAAGCGAGAUUUCAUCGACGACCCGCGGUCACGACUGCGUUCGAUUCUCGCGGUCGGAAGUCGUCCAAAAUCUAGUUAUGUUCAGAGCUUUACUUGACUGGAUACGGCCUACGGAUAACAAUGCACAACUUAGCAAGAAGUUCAAGGCGGUUUUACAAAGAAUCAUUGACGCUGUAUUCGAUUCUUUGGGGUCGUCGUAUGGCAUGCAAACACAAGAGAUGCCGAGCGAACAUCAGUCCCAGAGACAGUAUGGCUCGCAAGAUCAGCAGUCCCCAGGACAGAAUCUACCUGUUGCGACGGGCAGAGAGUGUGACAUUGAUCCUGAGAUGAUCGCAUUCAAUGAUAUGGAUUGGCUAAACACCGUUGACUGGACUCAGAAUGGUUGGCUUGAACAAACAACACUCAAUCUCACUCCGAUGACCAUGUCUCCAAACAACACCUCUAGUAUACCCCGGCAGCCUGUCCAAAAUGCCACUGUGCCGUUUUGGCACCGAGACAUUCACGAACUGCACGAUCAUCGAACCACAGAGGAGCUUCCAGUAUCAAGCGACGUCGUCAUCAUAGGCGCCGGCUAUGCAGGAAUUAGCACAGCGUACCACUUGACCAAAGGAGAGGCCAGUGACAAGAAACUAUCUAUCACAAUACUGGAAGCACGGGGUGUCUGUUCGGGCGCGACAGGACGCAAUGGUGGCCACCUAAGACCUGACAUGUACACCCCUAUGGCCAGGCUCAUCGACCGAGCAGGAGUUGAACGCGCCUUGGAAGUGACUGAAUUUGAAAUCGCACAUGUCCACGCCAUAAAGUCCUUGGUUGAAAAAGAGAAAAUCGACUGUGACUUUAGCCUCACAAGGUCUAUCGAUGUAUGGACCAACGGAGAAACAGCCCAGAAGGCUACGGAGAUGUACGACACGUUGAUAUCUCGUGACCUUGACUACAUGAAGGAUGUCUUCUUUGUGCUUGGUAAGGAUGCGGAGGGUAUCUCGGGUGUCAAAGGCGCCAAAGCUUGCGCUUCUUUCACGGCAGCAACCCUGUGGCCGUACAAAUUGAUACUCCAUCUGACUGCCUCAAUUCUCAAGACCGGUCUGGUCAAUAUCCAGGCUCAUACCCCGGUGACGUCCGUCAGUCGGCAACCUUCAGGCAGCUUCAUCGUCACGACUCCACGAGGCACGACAGUCGCCCGGAAAGUCGUGUAUGCCAAUAAUGCCUAUAUCGCGGGUCUUCUGCCACAGUACCACGAAGCCAUCGUUCCCUGCAAAGGACUCUGCACUCAUAUUUCAGUUCCUGAGGACAAGAGAGCGCCUCUUCUGAACAACUCCUACAUAAUCCGUGAAGAGGACAACGUUGUUUCAUACCUCAUCCCCCGUGCCGAUGGUAGUAUUGUUGUCGGUGGAGCCAACUUGCGAUACCAUCCUGUACUGAGUUCAUGGUACGACAACGUGGACGAUUCAGUUCUCAUCGAGGAAGUCAAAAACCAUUACGAAGGCUAUAUGCAACGGCAUUUCAAUGGCUGGGAAGACAGCGGGGCCCAGGUAGAUAAAGUCUGGACCGGGGUCAUGGGGUACAGCUGGGACUCCCAGCCUCACAUUGGCGCCGUGCCUGGGGAGGAUGGCCAGUUUGUACUUGCGGGCUUCAAUGGUCAUGGAAUGCCUCAGGCGUUUUUGUCUGCGCUUGGGGUUGCUAAGAUGGUUCAAAAUGGGAUCGGGUUUGAAGAUACUGGUGUUCCGAGAUUGUUCGAAACGACAAAGGAGAGGUUAGAAAUGGCAAGGAAUGGUCCCUUUGGGGGUGAUAUACUCGGCGUGAAAAGAUGA